AUGAUAUCGGAGCAAACGACAAUUGUGCCACAGGACUAUCCGGAGCCUGUGGCGACCGAGAACUACAUCAUUCCCACGCUAGGACUUCACCACGGAUCGUUCGUGUUCUCCUAUCUCUCCACGUUCCUGUCCUACAUUACACCCUACGAUCUGCCUGUAGUCUACUGCAUUCUAGAGCUGCUGCGCGAUGCGUUCCACACGAAGGUGUCCUUCCUUCAGCUCAUCCUUGAGGCACUGAAGGUGGAAUCGGGCUACAUCUGCUUGAUAGCGAUCUUCUUUCUGAUCUCGCUCAUUCCACUCUGUUACACGAUCGCGUGGGGCUGCGCGAAAGAGCCGGACGAUGAUCUCAAUCCGGGUCCGACGGUGGACGCCAUCAUUCAGGCGGAAGAACUUUCCCUCGAGGAAUCGCUGCACUGUCGGAGAAGUUUUCUCUGGUUCAUGUUGCAGGUCAUCAUUCUUCUGCUAAUUGCCGGUGUGAUAGCAAUGUUUGUCACCAACGAACAGAUAGCGUCGGCCAUCGAUCAGACGCCAGAUAUAGUGCGUUCGUCGAUGCUGGACGCGGCCACCUUCCUGCACGACGCCGAAGCUCAGAUCCGGUUCGUGAUAACCGAGGGUCUGGCGACGGCAACCGAGCGCAUCCGUCAGGACCUGGACGGUGUGGACAAGCUGCUGGGCGAACCGAUUCAGCACCACCUGGCGCUGUUUACCGGUAUCGACAUCAUAUUCGAGUCGAUCAUCGAUAUCAGUACGAGCAGCAGUAACUUGUCGCGUCGCAUCCAUCUGCUGCAGGAUGCUCUGGCGAGGGCGGCCAAAAUCUCGUACGAGGCCGAGUACCGGUUGGACGAGCUGCAGAUACAGUUGUCGGUGCUACAACGACAGUGCACCUUUCGCGAUCGGCCUCUUUGUGAUACCUUGCGUAUCAGAAACUUUGAGGACACGGGGUUGAUCGAGCGGUUAAGGAAGUUGCAGGGCGACAAAACGCUCGCCAAAUUGAUGGCGAUGGGUGAGGCGGGAAAGAACAGCAGUAUGCACGCCCUGACACAUGAGCUCACGGCGGCGAGGUCCAUCUUUCGAGGGUAUGCGGCAGAUGUACGGAAUGCCACUGAGGACGCUGCCGACCGUAUCCAGGAGCACCUAGAGGAGCUCGUCAACGAGACGCACGCGAGUGUGGCCAUCCUCACGGAGACAGUGGGAGCGCUGGUGGCCAGAGUAAACCGGACGGCAAACUUCUCCGACAGCUUCUUCGAUCGGUACCGCGAAAUCGGGGCGAUUUUGUGGUUGUCUGGACUGGCCGCAACCAUUAUGACGUUGCUCGUUACGCUGAUCCUCCUGAGUGCGCUCAGCUGUGGUUGUUGUCACGCGGACAGUAAAGCCGGAAUCACGCUGAUUCUCGGUGCGGUGUGCAUCUGUAUUGCCAGCUUGGCGUUGUCUGGGUUCGCCAUGCUCGAGAUGUUAUUGGGAGCCCACGGGCAGGUGUUCAUCUGCCAUCCGUUGUACAACGAACCAAGCUAUACCGUGCUUCAGAAGUUGAUCGACAAACCGGGUUUGAUAUACCCGAAGGAACCUCAGCAUGGGAUCAUCGGAGAGCUGCUACGUCAGGCCAGUCCUAACGGCACUCAGUGGCCCCGUCCUGUGCAAGUAUCGCUCUCGAGUGCUCUCAACGAGUGUGAGCAGGGUCGUGGAUCAUUCGCCACCUUCCAGCUGGAUGGACUGGUCAACCUGUCCUCCACCUCUUCAGCGGAUCAUCGCCAAUGGUCAGGAUUAACCGGAGCGAUCGAAGGUAUCGGAGCGGGUGAGGAACCGUUCGUAGGUUUCACCGUGCGCAUCCAAACCAUCCUCGAGGAUAUGCUAACCGAUUCCGACCUCAAUCUCACCGGGACGCGCAUGGAGCUGACGCAACUCUCACCCGACAAAGACGUGCUCACGUUCAUCGACCAGCUGCAGCGCGUUUCAGCCCAAAUCCAGGAUGUAGCCACCUCGAGUCGCAUGACCACGCUCGGUUCUCGAGCCAAACGGCUGCAGCUGUCCCUGCUCGUGCCGCUCGAACAACUCCGCGGUGACAUCGUGUACCACUUGACGGCGCUGGAGCUUCAACUCUCCCCCUGGGCGACGCAGGUCAACAAGAGUCUCUCGCAUCUCCGCAGUGCCCAGGCAUUCCUCGACGGUGAAGCGGCCGAAAUCUGCUUCAACCGAAGCGAUCUCUACCGAGCGCGGCUCCGGGCGCACCUGGACGCCUACCGGAACUAUACGACCGUCGUGCUGCAUGACCGUUGUGCCAGCUGUCGACCGCUGUUCGACAUCUUCGAUGCACUGCGCAUGCUCUUCUGUCACCACAUCAUGGAUCCGAUGAACGGACUCUGGUUUUCCAGCUUCCUGUGCCUCUUCCUGUGGGCCGCAGCGACACCCCUUUCGUUGAUACUAUCCUCCACCUAUCGCCGGUUGGAGAUACUCUCCAGCAAGCUUCAGCAUUCCAACAGCAAUCGGUACAACUCUAGGACUUCCGUUCAACGUGAAGAUCAACGGGAGUCGAGCCACUGGUCAACGCAACGAUCCGUCUCGGUGCACGUGAACGCGAUGGCGGAGUCCAGCACCGACGAGGAGUACAUCGGACCCGGCGAGUCGUCGGACGAUGUCGCGAACGCCGAGGACGAGGAUGGCGCCGUCGUUAUUGAGUACAUCGAGCUGCAGUACGAGAACGGUGAUCCCCUGGACUAUCACGAGAGUUUGAUAUGAUCGUGCUGGCGUGAAGAGGUGACGAACGAGUGCGC